AUGGUGAUCAAGAGCCACAUCAAGAAGCUUAAACCCUAUCAGCCUCCACUGGAGGGUCGCAACCCUCAGAAGUACAUGCUUCUCGACUUCAACGAGCGCACGGUCGAAGUGCCUUCCUUCGUGAAGGAGGCGAUGAAAGACUUCAUCGAUCAAGGAGGCCUCCAGAAGUAUCCAGCCUAUGGAGCUCUACAGAGGGAUAUUGCCGACUACGCCGCCGUGGCGCCCGAGCAGGUGCUCUUUGUGAACGGCUCGGAUCAGGGCAUCGACUUGGUCGUGCGUUGCUGUUGCCCCUUCGGCUCGGAGGUCAUCAUCCCCUCGCCCACCUUCGCCAUGUUCGAGCAGGCCGCGGAGAGCGAGGGCCUGGUGAUCCGAAGGCCGAACUUCACCAAGGAAGGGGGCUUCCCCUUGGCCGAGGUGCUGGAGAUGGUGAAUUCCAAGACUGCUCUGGUGGUGCUCAGCAAUCCCAACAACCCCACGGGCACGGAGAUCCCUCGCGAGGCUAUCAUCCAAGUGCUGGAGACGGUGAAGUGUGCUGUCUUGGUGGACGAGUGCUACUUCGAGUUCAUGGAUCCCAAGAGCACCGUGGUGGGUGAAGUGGAUCGCUUUCCGAACCUCUUCGUGAGCCGGACCUUCUCAAAGACCUGGGGCAUUCCCAGUUUGCGGCUGGGAUACCUGGUAUCCACCAAGCCCAACGUGGAUGCCUUGACCUGCGUUCGCGGACCCUACGACAUCAACCAGAUUGCCGUGGUAGGCAUCACCGCGGCGUUGAAGCAGCGGCAGUAUGUCUUCGAGUAUGUGCGGGAGGUGAUGGAACCUGGGCCUCGAAAUCGACACAUGUCCGUCUCGGUGAGUCAGAUGCGCCUCUGA